AUGUUCUCGAGUUACGAUCUGCGGGUCGCAAACACUUCUGCACAGUGCCUGCCAGAGGUUCUUCCUUGGCGGACAUGCCAGGGGCGGGUUUGCUGGAGCGAUAUCGCUUUCUGUCCGCUUGCGGAGGCAGCGAUUGUGGGGAGGAGAGCGAAAGCGCUGUGCGCGGAGAGCCGCAAGAUGAAGCAGGUGCACCGCUACAACUGCAACCUGACAUGCCUUGCGCUUGUCGAGGAUGUCGAGGUGGAGGCUACAAAAAGACGUAUGACUUUGAUGCGUCAGGAGGUGAGGCUGGCUCUUCUUUUGCGAUCACGUGCUGUCGUAGUCGUACUAGGAGCGCAAAAAUCGCCGUUGUUCGUCACCGCCGAUCAUCCGCUCCUCGUAAUCCGCACCAGCGUCAUCGCAGUGACAAAACGCAAAUGCAGGCUGCGUCAAGUCCCACAUCGCCGUCCGCAGACGAGGAGGAGGAGGCAAUAG